AUGCCAAAGGUUCCGGUGAUGUUGCGCGUGGAAGCGCGGCGGACCGCGCGCGAAGGGACACCGCCAGAUAGAUACCGAACAUGCUGCGACUGUUGUCAUGUAAAGCUGGGCACCGUUACAUUAGGCUUUAUUGAGGUUUUUCUGGCCGGUCUGAUUUUGGUCAGCAUCGUCCAGCAGGUCAUAUGGAAAAGCCAGGACUCUGGGCAAUGCUAUAAAAAUUUUCUCCGUGAUUGCUUGAUCUUCAAAUACCGUCACUUCAACAUCACUCUUGUUUUCGACUAUAUCAUUGCGCUGAUGAUGAUUUUUAUUAUUUUGUCG